CUAAUUAAAUACAACACGCAUGACGUUCCGUGUACAGUGAGGAUUCGCUUUAUUAUUUCUACAAAAUGAAUUUAAUUCACGUCUCUUUAUUGCGAUUAUUGCAUUGAAUAUCAAUCACAAAAUCUUAAGAAAUUCAACAUCCUCUUUGUUCAAUCCACGACUCUUGUAUAAAAAAAAUGUUUUUCCAUCGAACGAAUUGAUUUUGUUAACUGGGCCCUCACUGUAUGGUGGAAGUUUACUUGUGUAUGUUAAGAAGAAGAAGAAUUAGUAACACACAAAGAGGCAAGGAAAAGUGGUCUUGCAAUUUUGGGCAUUUUCAGUGGAAAAACUGGCAGAGUGUGUGCUGAAAAGUGUCUAAAAAUGCUCAUUAGUGCUUUCUAGUGAGGUUUGUGAUAGAUUUUGAUGGUUUUCUAAUGCGGAAAUGUGUGAAAAUUGAUGAGGAAAUUAACAACGUCUCAGUAGCGAUCAAUAUUGUUAAAGUGCAAGUGUGUGUGUGCGUGCAUGGGAAGAGGCUCCUUGGAAUUUAGUGGCAUAUUUCCAUGGACAUUCUUGGGGAGAAGAGAGAAAACUCAUUGUCUAAGCGGGUGGUUUAACAGCUACAGAAUAAAGGAGAAAUAGCGAGAGAAGCAACGCACUGUGGAGAAAAAAAAACGCGUAGAGUCAACAAAACAAGGAAACCAAAAAAAAAAUGAAUUCCAACCACACGGGAUCAUCGAGGCGUCCAUAUUCACGUGGGGCUGCACCUCGAAAUCGUUCCAGAAUACCUUUCUCUUCCCACCCCCACUCGCAACGUAACCAUAGUCAUGGCCAGUGGUAUAAAGACAUGGAGCCGUGCUACAAUCACGGUGCUGGACCUAGUCAAUCGGAUAGACGCAUGGGAAUGUCUGAUCGGCGACAUACAAUGGGUGCCGCAUCACUAGACCACCAGCGUCAUUCGAAUCAUUACGAUCAGCAGAGUUCUCGCAGUGCAGACCUACAUAUCGAUGCACGUUCAGUUGAUGGUGGUGCUGGUGGUGGGGCAAUGGCGAGAAAUUCAAAUAGGGAUCGAAUAAGUCCCCAUCAUCACUAUCAGAAUCAACAUCAGAACUCCUACUGCCCGGACAAUAGCAUUAAAUCCGAUAGUCCAUCGCGGAAGCGACGACGUGUCUCGCGGAUGCCGUCACAAUCCCCACCGGCUGUAUGGGAGCACCAUAGAUCACCGCGGAGUCAGCAGCAAUCGCAAAUGGGGCAGCAGGGUUCACCGCCAAUACGGCGGGCACGAUUGCGUGAUCAGCAACGUGCAUGGGACUCCCUUCCGUCACUUUUUCAGCAGGCACCGUCACCGCAGCACCAACCACCGCCACUUAUGGUGGACAUCAAUCAAGUGCCCGUGAGUCUGCCGCUGCGCCACGAACCACUGUGGACCUACUCGACAACCCCCCAUAUCUCCGUUUGCUCACCCCCACCCCACAUUCCCCAGUGCAUGUAUUCACCGCCACCGCCGCCCUUUGCGCAGUCCUGCGGAAUUGGUAACCACCAUCACCAUCAUCAUCACCAUUUUGGUGGUUUUGCAUCAACAACAGCUCCCAUGGCUGUCCCCCAGCAACCCCACUACCAACACCCGCAUAUUCCGCAGCAGCGACCGGAUGGGAUCACUCUCGAUCCAAUGGAUCAUCAAACGCAGAUGCAUGUGACACCCCUGGCAGCGGCACAUCAUAUACAUUCCUCAUCGCAAAUGGCCCAAGUUUCUCCGCCGCCGCCAAUUUUCAUUUCCACGGAGAAUCGAUCACAUCAGCAAAUUGAAUUGCUACAUCGCACAGCGAGGCGCUCAAUUGCCCCGCCGCGGCGCAACUACACACGCCUCCACUGGUCACCACAACCAAUUUCACAUCCACAUGCCCAUCGACAUACAAUCCAGCACCAACCGCUGGGAUCCCACCAGACUGCAAUGCCACUGCAAGCAACGUCCACCUAUUCGGGCUUUCUGCUCAAUUUCCUCGCUAUGUUCCCACUGUCGCCGUACGGGCAGCCCGAGCUCAAUUCACCUGACUCACCCGAGACGGAGAACUAUGAGGCGCUACUCAGUUUGGCUGAGCGUCUUGGCGAGGCAAAGCCACGGGGUCUGGCUAGGCCUGAAAUUGAUCAGCUUCCCAGCUAUAAAUUUAAUGCUGAAACACACACAGGUGACCAAACAUCGUGUGUUGUGUGUAUGUGUGAUUUCGAGGCGCGCCAAAUGCUGCGAGUUCUGCCGUGUUCUCAUGAAUUCCAUGCUAAAUGUGUUGACAAAUGGCUGAGAUCAAAUCGAACGUGCCCUAUUUGUCGUGGUAAUGCUUCAGAUUAUUUCGAAAGCAGUGAAGAGCAAUAAAUUUUGAAAAAUAAAAUGGUUUAAAAUAUAUAUAUUUCAUACACUAAAAAAAUUCAGUAAAAAAUGGGAUUUAAUAUAAAAAUAAAAAAUUCAGUUGGAGCUCUAUUAAAAGAAAAUUGUCCGUUAGUUUGUACACACAGCGCAAAUUUAUAUAACUUCAAAAAAAAAACAAGCAAAGUCUGUUUUCUUCUCCUGCCAUCAAUUUAUUCUUAUAUAAUUAAAGAAGAAUAUAAUGUAUAGAACAAAGUCUAAAUUUCCUGCAUGAACACUCUAAAAAACAAAGCGUGAGUUUAAAAAGAAAAAUAAAAGUAAUAUCUUUAAGUAA